GACACGCUUGGUAGCACCAGGCACCACCACACAACACAACAACAUUGUUCACAUAACUUCACUUUCAAGGCCAAUCCUCUUUUAACUUUCAUCUUUCUCACAAACACAAUUUUUCCCUACCCCUUAAGUAUAACACCAAACACACACACACACACACAUAAUACACUUAUUCACACCCUUUGCACAUUUUGCAUCACUUUCUCUCUCUGAAGCAAGUGCUGAGUAAUAACUCUCGUUUCUGGGUCACCCCGUGACCGUGAUGAUCAUAAAGUUUCUGGCUUUUUAGUGAUGGGUUCGUGUUCUUCGGUCCCCAGAAAGGCUAACAAAGACAUGAAGCUCAAACUCUCGUUUUGUUCCAAAUCUGAGAAGCUUGCGAUUGCUCCAUCACCCAUCAAGGGACAACCCCAAAAUGGGAACUUUGGAUUGUCAACGGCUCGGUCAACGACCACCUUCACUGACCAAGGUAGCAAAGAGGAAGCAUUUUUUGAUUCUAAACCCUGGUUAGACUCAGAUUGUGAAGAGGAUUUCUAUAGUGUCAAUGGUGACUUCACACCAUCUCGAGGGACCACCCCAGUUCACCACACUUUUGGCACCCCUUCUAGGAAUAGAAUUCCUAGUUCCAAGGCUGAACCAUCCCCAGAAAAGAAAAAGAAACUGCUAGAGCUUUUUCGAGAAAGUGUCAAAGAUGACCAAGUUGAUGAUGGCUAUGGACACAACAAAGAAGCCAAACCACCAACUAUAAAAGAUGUUAUGCCUAAAUCUGCACACUGUACCCCUUAUGGGGCAAACUCUGCUUGUAGCAGUGAAAGAACCAUGAGUGAGGAUCGUGUUUCCAUUAGAGAGAAAUCAGUUAAGUCUUUGCAGGGGUGCAUGCCAAGCUUGUCUUCAUGCCGAAGCUUUCGGGAGAGAAGGAGGAAGACAAGUCCUGCAAUAGAAGUAAAUGGAAAACAUUGACUUCUAUUGCUUUAUGAUGAACCAAGUUUCUCUGAUGAGUUUAAUUUUUAUACACCGUUACAUAUAUUCAACAAGAUUUUAUCAUUUUAUCACAUCAUCUUGUUUAGUAAUAUGAUGUGGUGAUAAGAUAAUGUUUUAUUGGAUGUAUGUGUAAAAGUGUUUUACAAUGAUGGUUUGCAUAAAUUAAACUCUUCAUCUCUUCUUUAUAUCCAGGAAGGUAAAGUGGUUGAAUUAAAUUUUGAUAAUGUACAUCAAUGUAUCCCUGUAAAGAACCGAAGUAAUAUGAAUUUGACAGCAUGUAAUCAUCAAAGAGAAGAGAUGCUGUAAAUCAUUAUGUAAUGAGAUUUUUUUCUGCAAGAAAUCCAAAAUCUAGGAUAUCUGCUUCAUAAUUUGUUGUAUACUGUUAGGUAGUAUUGUUAUAUUUAGAUCACAAUUUUUGUAAAUUUUAAAUAUUCAUUAAAUAAUUAACAUAUAACAUACUACCAAGUUACAUGUUCGAGCAUAAUUGGUAUAUAUCUCUUUGGGUUUGUCUAAUUCAAAAGUGCAGAGGAGAAGAAUUUUAAUGGAGAAUGGAAGAAAAAAGAUAAAAAUUCUUUUUGAUUAAGAGAAAUAGAGAAGAAAGAGAGAAGAAGAAUUUUAA